AUGACGCCCGAUAACGAGAUCGCCACCGUAGAGGUGCGCACUGAGAAAGAUAUUCAAUCGCAGCAACAUAAGCAGCAAUUAGAUUCGAAUAUCGGCAGUUCAUCCGAUAAAAAUGUACACGAUGCGCCUUUCCCCGUGGAUACCACCGCCGGUCGACGGAACCCUGUCGGAUCACGAGUAGGCUCCCUACUUAGAGCAUUUGAGCAGCAGCUCGUCGAGUAUAACCUAGAAGCACGAGGAAUUGAGCGAGUCGGUGCAGAUGAGCGUAUGAAGCGGUUAUCAUGGGUAUCAUACCUACAGGCUUUCCUGCUCUGGGUAUCCAUCAAUCUUGCAGCCAACAAUAUUACUCUUGGAAUGCUAGGACCGGCAGUGUAUGGUCUUAGCUUUAAGGACUCGGCUCUAUGUGCUGUGUUUGGCGUCUUUACGGGCUCUUUAGUCGCUUCGUGGAUGGCGACAUGGGGUCCUAUCUCGGGCAUCCGGACUAUGGCGUUUGGUCGAUACUCAAUGGGCUGGUGGCCCAGUAAGAUUAUUGUCUUGCUGAAUCUCAUUCAAAUGAUUGGGUACUGUUUGAUCGAUUGUGUUGUCGGAGGACAGAUUCUCUCUGCUGUUUCGCCGGGAGGCAUGUCUGUUGCUGUUGGUAUCGUCAUCAUCGCAAUUAUCUCAUGGGUAGUGGCAACAUUUGGUAUCAAAGGCUUCCACUACUAUGAACGAUUCGCAUUCCUCCCACAGCUCAUUGUAUUCUGUAUCCUCUUCGGUGUGUCCUCAGUGAAGUUUGAUUUGUCCACGGUAUCUACAGGUGACGCUAGAACGGUAGCCGGUAACAGGCUAUCAUUCUUCUCUAUCUGUGUAAGCGCAGGAAUCACCUACGCGCCUCUGGCAGCAGACUUCUUUGUCUACUACCCCGAACACACCUCCCGCCUCACAAUCUUCACCCUCACUCUAACAGGUCUCGUACUCUCUUUCUCUUUCGCCCUCAUCUCCGGCAUCGGCCUAGGCUCCGGUAUCCUCUCACACCCAGAGUACGCAACCGCCUACGCAAAGGGCCAAGGUGCCCUAAUAGUCGAGGGCUUCGGUCCCCUGCACGGCUUCGGCAAAUUCUGCUCCGUCAUCGUUGCCCUCGGCCUUAUCGCCAACACAGUCGCACCAACCUAUUCCUCCGGUGUGGACUUCCAGAUCCUCGGCCGCUAUGCUGAACAGAUCCCCCGCGUGAUUUGGAAUACUGUCGGUGUGAUCAUAUAUACUAUUUGCGCGUUGGUAGGCCGCAGUCAUCUUUCCGAGAUCUUUACCAAUUUCCUUGCAUUGAUGGGAUACUGGGUUGCUAUCUGGUUUGCUAUUCUUAUUGAAGAGUUCCUUAUCUUCCGCUUUCGAAGCGGGUAUAACUGGGCUGCGUGGAGGGAUCCGAAGAAGUUGCCUAUUGGUUUUGCGGCUUUUACGGCCUUUGCUGUUGGGUGGGUUGGUGCGAUCUUGUGUAUGGCUCAGGUUUGGUAUAUUGGACCACUUGCAAAAUUGGUCGGUGCUUAUGGCGCUGAUAUGGGUAAUUAUGUCGGUUUUACCUGGGCUCUGGUCGUUUACCCGCCUCUCCGAUUCCUGGAGCUGCGGUUUCUUGGCCGUUGA